UCUGCCUACCACCGCUAGGGGUCAAAAUACGCUACCUCGUUGUCGAUUUCCUCUACUUUAAAACAUGGACUACUAACCUUUCAAUCGGUAUUUGUGAACAAAAUUAUUCAAACUACUAACCAACUUUAGGACGAAAAUACGCAACACUUUGUAAAUUACAAUGUCAAAUUUGAACAGCAGAAGGAAGAACUUACGUGUACAGGCAGUCAUUUGUCACGCAACACAGGUAGAAGAAACAAUAUUUUUUCCUCGAACUUACUCUUUCAGUUGUGAACUUAAACGACGCGAAAUUUGGCGAUGUAUCCUGUACAUUUUCUCUUUAUGAAAUACAUAUCCGUAUCAGAAGUAGUGUUAGAUUCAUUGGGUGACCAUUUGUUGUGAAAAUAUUUUUUAACAUUAUGGUCCGGAAAGUCUUCUUCUGCAUGCUCUAACUACACGGCGAAAUAGCGCUCCCUGUGGUUAAACUAGGUACUGCAGAACAGUGAUAUGAAGUGUAAACAGAAAAAUAGAAGAGAUGAAAAAAAAACAUAUAAAUUCGGUCCCUUUCCCACAUGCGUGAUCAUCAUGAUUCAUUGUAACUCUCACUGUAUGACUUCGGUGUGGAAUAUCUGCUCAUUUUGUCUAAGCAAUUGCCUCCUACUGGUACGGAAGCACAAGACAUAUUUUUAUAUAAACAUUGUAAACAGUCACUCCGAGUAAGCAUUAGAGAGAGGGGAGAUGGGGAGGGGGUUGGGGGUGAGAGAUAGUGGCUGCAUCUCAUCAGAGUGGGAUGCUCAGUUACCGACGGCAACAGACCAAUGCUGCAUGAUCACUGAUAACCACCUCGAGCCUGCCAAGUGUAUUACUCUACUUUGUGUAAGACUCUGACUUGGACAUCACAAGUUUUGUGAAGACUGCCAAGCGACUGUAUACACUAAGCAGGUCUUGGGAUCUUCUCCUCUUCAAGGCCAGUUACCAUCAACAUGGCCAAGAUAAGACCCAUUAUGGAAUAUGCUUCACCAAUCGUCCCCAGCAUGCCAACAACACUCGUAACUUUCACAUGAUAUCAGCAAACAAGAGCUCCUGGCCGCCUCCAAUGGUCCGGAUGGCGACUGUCCGCCCUCUCCGCCCCGCACCGCACCACCCACCACCAAGUCGGCCCAUUUCUUUGACAUGAUGGACAAGAUGGAGACAGCGACAACGCCGCCAAGGUGACUACACCUCACCGCAGGCCCGCUUUUGUGAGGUUUGACUAAAGCUGUCGUGUGUGAUGCAGCAGGUUCCAGAAGCUGCAGAGAUGAAGGCCGCACCUCCGAGGCAGAAGGAUGAUUACAUUCCUUAUCCGAGGAUUGAGGAGGUGUUAGAAAAGGGAGGUCCCUACCCUCAAGUCAUCCUUCCCCAAUUUGGAGGAUACUGGAUCGAGGACCCAGGGGAACCUCCCCCGCCCACGCUUCCCCCCACCUCCAAAGAGGAGGAGCGGGGAUCAGAAGCCCCGGGUGCAGAUUGUGGAUACCGCCUGGAAGAGACCAACGAGGCCGCACGCGCAUACAGGAAGUACUUCUUGGGCAAGGAGCAUUUAAAUUUCUCUUGCUCAUCCAGCAGUGUGGGAAACCUUCUCCUGUCUGUAAGGCAUGAAGAGGAGAAUCAGCAGGAGCACCUUCACGUCAUCAUCCGGUCUCGAGUGAAGACAAUUUAUCAGCGCCUGUCAGUGUCAGAGCUGCCUGAUAUUCCCAGCGUCCAAGAGCUAGCAAAGUUAUUAUGUGACGAUGCAGCAAGUCUACGGUUUAGUCCUGUCCUAUACCCAAAGGCAUCCCAACUGAUUGUCAACUACGACGAGCAUGAGGUGAACAGCACAUUCAAGUUUGGAGUCAUUUUCCAGCGCUUUGGACAGGUGUCCGAAGAGGAGCUAUUCAGGAACAAUGAGGAAACGCCGGCGUUUCAAGAGUUCCUUCAGCUGCUCGGGGACACUGUGGAGCUGCAGGACUUUAAAGGGUUUCGUGGAGGUCUGGAUGUGUCCCACGGCCAGACGGGUUCCCAGUCUGUCUACACGGUCUACAGACAGCAAGAGAUCAUGUUCCACGUCUCUACCAAGCUGCCUUUCACUGAGGGAGACACCCAGCAGCUCCAGAGGAAGCGCCACAUAGGGAACGACAUCGUAGCUGUGGUGUUUCAGGAGGAGGCCACUCCCUUUGUCCCAGACAUGAUCGCCUCCAACUUCCUCCACGCCUUCGUCCUCGUGCUGGUGGAGGAUCCGUGCUCUGAGAACACAAGCUACAAGGUGUCUGUUACAGCACGGGAGGAUGUACCGGCGUUUGGCCCACUGCUACCAAAUCAAUCUGUUUUUAAGAAGGGUCCGGAGUUCAGAGAGUUUCUUCUGACGAAGCUCAUCAAUGCAGAGCUGGCGUGUUACAAGAGCAUUCGUUUUGCCCGACUAGAGGAACGGACUAGGGUUGCGCUACUGGACACCCUCCAUGAUGAGCUCCAAAGACGCUCCCAGAGAAUGCUCGGAUUGACAACAAAUCUCGAUGAGGAGGCACGGGCCGAAAAUGGACAUGCCCAUGGUGGUCUGCUGGAAUCCAUCAAGAGGGCCAUGCGAGGACGAAGCGUCUCCAUGGAGACAAUGUCGAGGGGUGGGGCAGGUCUGCCUACCAGUCUGAGUGGAGGGGGGUUGGCACACAUCAGCUCUGAGUAUAAUGUGAAAUCUCCAGUGAAACGUCGCUCAGGUCUCUUCCCUCGAUUGCUGAGUGUUGACAGCCAAACAGACAAACACAGCCAUAGAGGUUUCCCCGGUGACCAGAGGAGCUUUGACAGUUGCCAGAGGACAUUGGAGGUCAAGUCUGAGCUGCCGUCCAAUCCCAGCUCUCCAGAGGCAGGUCCACGAGAAAGAAUUUGCUUAAAAAAAGAUUGCAGUAAAAUCUCCAGAUCCACUUCCAGCACGUGCAGCUUCAGCCUCCCUGGUGACGACACUCACCUGGUUGUUCAUCCUGUGACAGGAGAGGGUCAAAGUUCAACACCGCUCAUCAUCUGUCGAAGCCCCACGGACAGGACAAUAGACAUGCGUGGACAAAGAAAAGAAGCUGAAUGUGUCCAGCCACCAUCACUGAAGACAAGGACAAAGACACAGCACACAUGCUAAGACAUUUCCUAUGUGGCUGGAAUCAUAGUGUCAAUUUUAAAAGAUUGUAUUUUGGUCCACGGAAAUGGCAACUUAAUACGUUUUUAAGGUGUGAAAAACUCUGAUGUCAAAAUAGCGCCGUCGUCACCUCAGCCAUUUGAAGACGAGUAAAUUAACUGAUGAUCAGGUUGAAAAGGCCCAUCCAGUUGCAUCAUGGUAUAUGUCAACUGGAAAAGAAGGAUUUUUGAUUACAUUGAAAAAUGACAUCAGUGGACAGUCACAGAACCUUAUAAUUGUAUUAAAUGUGUUUAAGUGAAAAAUAGGAUACAACUUUCAUCGAUAAUAGCAGUAAAACUGCCAUCGAUUAAUGCAUUAUAUUGAAAAAUCAGGGAUAACGGCAAGAAAGGAAGGUGGAAAACUUUAUUUUUGUGUGGAAUAUACAAACAUAAAUAUGCAGCACUUUCCCAUGGCAAAUGGCCAAAUUUUUGUCUUUUAGAAUUAAAAUGUAGUUCCUUUAACAAGACUUACAAAUACAAAUUUAAAAGGAAAAUAUAUUUUCCACAUUUAAUUACCUUGAUUUGCAAUGAACAUUUGGCUUUAUUUUGAUUCCGCUUGUUGGACACUGUGCUGCAAAUCAUGCAAAAACUACUGUACACUUUAAACUGCCGUCUUAAGCAAAAACCAAAAAAAGGGGUAUAAAAAUGUUUGAUUUUGCACUAAAAUGCUUCUAAGUGUUAUAUGUGGAAAAUAAAUGAUGCUAAAAAUAUCUAGCCGUCUUUGCACUGAAAGCACAAAGUCUCUAAUGUUCCUGAAUGCUGUCCAUGCAUUUGUGUCCUCCAGCUCAAGAGAUGAUCAAAUGUAGCAUGAUGUUUGUUUCUGUCCAGUUUCCUUUCAUCCUGACACAAUAUAUUGUUUCUCUUACCUUGUGUAUUUUCUGUCAAUAAAAAAAACGUUCUUAUUUAUUUCCAUGAAUACAAAAGGCGUUGUGGAAAAG